AUGAACGCCUUUUUCCUCCGUCAGCAAAUCCGCGUUCUCGGAUCGACACCCCCUGAAGAGCGCAACCAAAACAUUGUUGUCGUCGGCGCCUCAUUCGCAGGCUAUCAUGCUGCCCGUAUCAUGGCGCGCAGUCUGCCUCGAAAUAGCCACUGCCGUGUCGUGGGACUACCGUCCAGAGUCAACGCGACGGACAAGGCGGAGGGUAUGAAGCUUCUGCGCGAGUUCCAGACCUCUAUCCAGAUUGCAAAGAGGAUUGUCGUCGUUGGGGGUGGCGCUGCCGGUGUUGAGCUUGCCACCGACGCCAAGUCCAAGUACCCGGACAAGCACGUCACCCUCGUUCACUCGAGAAACGCGCCCAUGCACCUGUGGGCAAGCCGUCUGCAAAAGGCAGCGCUGGAGGGCUUGGAGAGAUUAAGGUUCGCGAAGCUCUCUUCCAACUCCAUUGCAUCGACGGGCCACAUCAAAGUCAACCCGAACCUUAGCAUCAAGGACGAAUCGUUUUCGGACAGGGUUUACAUCUGUGGGGAUGUUGCUGACACGCAAACGCCAAAUCCAAAUGCACGAUCGGCCAUGCUGCAGGGCAGCGUAGUAGCCGACAAUAUUCUACUCGCAAUCAAAGGCCGAAAGCCCAGACAUGUCUACAAGAACCACUGGCUGCAAGGUUUCAUCAAACUGACUCUGGGGCUGGACCGAUCCGUAUCACUUUUCGGCAACGGCAAAACAGCUCUGCUUUUCAAUAGUCGAGAGAAAAGGGAGGAUCUGAUGGCAGCGCAGGGCUGGAAGCACCUGGGCGCCAAACCCUUUGUGGAUGAACCAAGCUCACACAAGCUCUGCUGA